CGCUUCCCCUCUCCUACCUCAAAUCCUUGCCGACGUCCUUUCCGGUUUUGCCGAAAACCAUCGCCGCGACCGAAGCUUGCUCUCCGAGUCUCGGUUAGGGCUGUGAAGACUGAAGACAACAACGGGAUCACGACGUACAAAGACCUCCGAAACUCUCAUCUUUCUUCUCCUUCCGGUCCGUUUCUAACAGAAACCAUUGAGGAAGCAUCAAUCUGAUCAGAUCGCAAUCAGAUUGACAGCAGGAGCAGAGAAAGAAGAAAAAUGGCGAAGGGCAGGCGAGCAGUCCCGCCUUGUUCCAAGACUUACGGCUUGCCGCUUUACUGCGCCGCGUGGGUUCCCCUCGAUCGAAUAUUGUCCUCACCGGAUGCUGUCGCUACUGCCGAGGACGCAGUGGACAAAAAGGAGAAAGAAAGAAACACGCCAGUGACCACCCAAAACGAUGGCGCGGCUGACGUAGAUGAAGAUUUCGCCCUAUCUCCCGCUCAUAGGAACAAACUUUUGCUUGCGCUCGGUGGCGGCGGGGGCGAGGGGCGCAGCGGCGUUCCCAACGCCAUCCUUCUCACUCUCUUUGAUUUGGAAUCUCGAUCCCUCUCCGAUUAUCCGGUGCACAGGUUUGGGACGGAAGGGGAAUUACCGUACAGAAUGGCGAUGCAUCCUGGAGGUGAUGGCUUCAUUUGCUCGUUUCUAAAGAGUUGCAGGUUCUUUGAGUGGGACAUCCCCAAGGGUAUGGAUCCUAGUAAACUAGCAUUUAAAUCUUCUGGGCAUACAUUGCAGCAGCUAGAAGAUCUUCGGUCCCAAUCUGCAUUGGCCUUUAGUUCUGAUGGUUCUUUACUGGCAACUGGUGGUGAGGAUGGGCAUUUGAGAGUUUUUAGGUGGCCUAGCAUGGACAUUGUUCUUAACAAAACUGAUGCCCAUUCAACUGUUAAGCAUGUGGAUUUCAGCUCAGAUGGCAAGUUCCUUGUUUCCUUAGGAGACAAUGGCCCUUGCAAGGUUUGGGAUCUGUUAUCAUCAACUGCUUUACCAAGUCUACAAGUAGAGGAACGUUUUAAUUUCUGCAGGUUUUCUGAGCAUAAUGAUAUCCUAUAUGUUAUAGCGAGGCAUGGUGAUGUGGGAAAGAUCAUUUCUUGGAGCACCACUUCAUGGAAGAGAAUCAGUUCCAAAAAGAUUGCGCGUGACCCAAUAUCUGCAAUCAGUGUAUCACAUGAUGGCAAGCUCCUUGCAAUCGGGACCAUAGAAGGUGACAUUGCAAUCCUAACUUCCUCAGAUUUUAAGGCUCAGAUGUCAAUUAAUAAAGCACACCUCGGUCCAAUCACUGCAUUAGAUUUCUCCCGAGACUCCAGGGCUUUGGUAUCUACUUCCUUUGACUCUACUGCAAGAGUGACUGUAAUUGAGGGUAAAAAGAACAACGGGUCAACCCUGUGGCUCGCUUUCUUGGUUAUUUUACUGGCCAUUCUUUUAUACUAUAUGAAGUGAUGAGGCCCUCUGAGGAAUAAAUCACGUCAAGAAGCAGGUUCAUCAAUGAUUUUUGUUUUUUCAAAGUUUCUUACAUUUUAUUAAUGCAAGUGUUACACCUCAGUUAUACUACCGAUAUAGAAUUAGCUUGAUAUUUCAGGAUACUUGUAUAAAUGUAAUUCGAGAAUUUAAAGAAGAAAAGUUUGUUUUUGUAAUUGAUACUUGUUUAUUUGA